AUGGAGACUGCAGGUUCCAGCUCCUCGUCCAGCCAUGGCGCUCUGCCCAAAACCAUUAUCACUCUCUUGGGAGAACGCCUUCUUUCAACCCUGCUAGACCUUUUUACCUUCUCUAUUUUCCUUCUCGUCUUCUCUGCCGAAGCUUUCUUCUUCAUCUCCCCAAAAUGGCGAAACCCCAUCUUCCAUUUCCUCAUUAUCAUCGUCUUCGUCAUGUUCUUCUUCCUCAAAUCCCACUUCUCAAAACCUCCACCAAUCUACCUCGUCGACUUCUCCUGCCUCAAGCCGCCAUAUUUCUGCAGGGUCCCCUUCUCCACCUUCAUCGAGCACGUCCGGCUCUUCGACUUCCUCGACGAAGAUAGCUCAUCUUUCAUGUCCAAUAUUCUUGCCUCUUCCGGCCAAGGCGAAAGAACGAGUCUCCCGCCGGCUUUACACUAUAUCCCGCCGGUGUCUCACCACCACGAAGCCAUCAAAGAAGCCCAGAUGGUGCUUUUCCCUGUAUUCCAAGAUCUUCUCGCCAAGACUAAACUCUCAGCUCGAGAUAUCGACAUUCUGAUCCUCAACUGCACCGGAUUUUGCCCCGUUCCUUCGCUUUCCGCCAUGAUUGUGAACGAAUUCUCCAUGAGAGAUGAUUUGAAGAGUUUCAAUAUCAGUGGGAUGGGCUGUAGCGCCAGUGCCCUCGCCGUUCACAUGGCGGAAAACCUCUUGAAGGUUCACCACAACUCUUACGCCGUUAUUCUGAGCACCGAAAUCUUGUCCACCGGCUGGUACGCCGGAAAAGAACGGCCAAUGUUGGUGCUGAACUGUCUCUUUCGAAUGGGAAGCGCCGCCAUUUUGGUCACGAACAAGAAAGAAGCAAAAAGAUCGUCAAAAUAUAAGCUCUUGAAAACUCUGAGAUCACAACGAGCUUUCGACGAUAAGGCUUACAAUUCAGCUUUCCGGGAAGAAGACUCCAAUGGAAUAACCGGCGUCGCCCUGAGGAAAGAUUUACUCCAGGUGGCGGGAGAAAUCCUCCGAUCAAACAUCGCCGCCCUGGGGUCGUCAAUCCUGCCGCCGUCGGAGAUCAUCCUGCACGUCGUUUCCAUGUUCUGGAAGAGAUUCAUCAACAAGAACGUGCAGAUAUACAUGCCGGAUUUCCGGUCGGCGGUACAGCAUUUUUGCCUGCCGGCUUCCGGUCGGCAGGUGAUCAGAGAAAUAGGGAAAGGGCUGAAGCUGGGAGAGAGAGAGAUGGAGGCGACCAUGGCGACGCUGCACCGGUUUGGGAACCAGUCUUCGUCUUCGCUGUGGUACGAGUUAGCCUACAUGGAGGCCAAGGAGAGAGUGAAGAAAGGCGACAGAGUUUGGCAGCUCGGGAUGGGAAGCGGGCCUAAGUGCACGAGCCUUGUUUGGGAAUGUGUUCGGCCCAUUUCGGAGGAAGCCCAUAAGGGCCCAUGGGAUGGUACAAUUAACAUGUAUCCAAACUUGGUUAAUUGUUGAUAACGAUGGUUACCUUCCCUGCCAUAAAUAGGU